AUGGAGAUGUUUUUUGCCGAGGCUUCUGCUUGUAUCACCAUCAAUGGCUGCCAGUCUCAUACUUUUGGGCUUUUUCACUCCACUCGUCAAGGUUGUUCUUUAGCUCCUUCCUUGUAUGUUCUUGCUGCUGAAGGCUUUGGCUACUUGCUUGCACAUUCUACUUCACAAGGGAUGGUUCGGGGGAUAUCUCUUCCUGAUUCCCCAUCUCAGCUUAUCAAUGAUCAUUUUGUUGAUGAUUUCUUACUCACUCUUGUGGAGGAUGAGGAUAAUAUUAAAGCGGCCUUGUCCUUCUUGGAAACCUUUUGGCUUGCCUCUCGUUCAACCAUUUAG